UGCUGUCACUAAACACAGACACACACUCACACACCCACACUGUUACAGUGCUGGACAUGUGAGCUGCUGCCUGAUGCUGUGAGGAUGAAGGACUCUGAGCUGAGCUGAGGACAUUUCCUUUAUUUUCAAUACAAACUCUGUGUGGAUAUGAAACACAUGGAUUAUGGAUGUGACAUGGACAUGUUGGAGGAUCUUACUUUGUGUCUCUGUGUUGGUGGACUGGUCGCUGCAGGGUGAAGACGAUGCCUCCUGCGAUGGAGCCUUUGAUAUUUAUUUUGUGUUGGACAGGUCGGGCAGCGUGCACGGACACUGGGACGAGAUCUAUGGAUUCGCUGAGCAGCUCACCAACAGGUUUGUCAGUCCCAGGAUGAAGGUUUCCUACAUCGUCUUUUCAGCCAAAGCAGUUGUGAUACUCCCACUGACAGGAGACAGGUCGGAAAUAGACGAGGGUUUGAAGAAGCUGAGCCAAAUCAAACCUGCAGGGGAAACAUACAUGCACGAGGGCAUGAUAGCGGUGUCGGAGCAGAUGAAGGCACAAACGUCACCAUCGUCCACCAUCAUCAUCAUCCUCACUGAUGGGAAGCUGGAGGUCUACCCCUAUGAACUGACUGUACAGGAGGCCGACAAAGCCAGAGGGUUUGGAGCCAGAGUUUACUGUGUAGGUGUCAUGGACUUUGACCACAAACAGCUUGCUGAAAUAGCAGAUAGCACCGAACAAGUUUUCCCAGUUUUGUCCGGGUUUCACGCCCUCAAAGACAUCGUGAACUCGAUCCUGAAGCAGACGUGCACAGAUGUGUUCACGAUAGAGCCGUCGAGUGUCUGUGUGAACGAGUCUUUCAACGUCGUGUUGAGAGGCAGCGGCUUCAGUGGAACCAGGAGGACGGACAAUGUCCUCUGCGUCCUCACGGUCAAUCACAACACGUACAACCAGAAGCCAAGCGUUGUCAGAGACGGCUAUCUGCUGUGUCCAGCUCCUGCUCUGCACCAGGCUGGAGAAUCCAUUGAAGUGCUGGUUAGUCUGAACAACGGAGAAUCUUUCAUCUCCAGUCCCAUCACCAUUUAUGCCACAACAUGUUCCGAUGGGACCUGGGUGCUCUGGUUGCUGUUGGCUCUGCUGCUGUUGCUGGCUCUGGUUUUGUUCUGGUGGUUCUGGCCUCUCUGCUGCACUUUGGUGAUCAGAGAUCCACCCCCAGAUCGCCCUCCUCCUCCGCCUCCUGUGUUUGAGCUGGAAGACGAUUACUCACCCAAACACAAGUGGCCCACAGUGGACGCUUCGUACUACGGAGGUCGAGGUCCUGGAGGAAUCACACGCAUGGAGGUCCGCUGGGGACAGAUGGGAUCCACAGAGGAGGGGUCCCGACUGGAGAAAGCCAAAAACGCUGUGGUCACCAUGCCUGAGGACGUGGAUGAGCCCAUCCUACCCCGACCCCCACCAAGACCCCCUCCAGUGUUCAGCCCCCCACCACAGUCCAAGUGGUACACUCCCAUCAAGGGGCGAUUUGAUGCGCUGCGUGCGUUAAUGAGAAGACAGUACGACAGAGUGGCGAUCAUGAGGCCGACACAUCAGGACAAGGGUCGCUGCAUUAACUUCACCAGAGUUCAGAGUCACUGAUGUUCAAAUACGACGAUCAACACUUUUCACUUUAUUCCCGUUUUGUUUGAAGAUGACCAACAUGGUUGGGAUGUAUAUUGUAAAUAAACACAUUUACUUAUA